ACUCAUCUACUCAUCUACUCAUCAACUCAUCUACUCAUCGACUCAUAUACUCACCUACUCAUCUACUCAGACUCAUCUACUCAUCUACUCAUAUACUCAUCAACUCAUCUACUCAUCGACUCAUAUACUCACCUACUCAUCUACUCAGACUCAUCUACUCAUCUACUCACCUACUCACCGACUCAUCUACUCGUCUACUCACCUACUCAUCUACUCACUGACUCACCUACUAUCGACUCAUAUACUCAUCUACUCAUCGUCUCAUCUACUCAUCUACUCACUGACUCACCUACUCAUAUACUCAUCUACUCAUCGUCUCAUCUACUCACUGACUCACCUACUCAUCGACUCAUAUACUCAUAUACUCAUCUACUCACUGACUCACCUACUCAUAUACUCAUUGUCUCUCAUCUACUCAUCGACUCAUAUACUCAUCUACUCAUAUACUCACCUACUCAUCUACUCACUGACUCACCUACUCAUCUACUCAUCGACUCAUCUACUCAUAUACUCAUCUACUCAUCGUCUCAUCUACUCAUCAACUCAUAUACUCAUCGACUCAUAUACUCACCUACUCACCUACUCAUAG